UGAUCCUGAUCUCAGUCCCCGUUCUGAGCCUCACACGGCCCUUCCAGCACGGACACCGCAGGAUCAUGGAUUUCCCAGGGCACUUUGAACAAGUCUUCCAGCAACUCAACUACCAGAGGCUCCAUGGGCAGCUGUGUGACUGCGUCAUUGUGGUGGGGAACAGGCACUUCAAGGCGCACCGCUCCGUGCUGGCCGCCUGCAGCACGCAUUUCCGCGCGCUCUUCACCGUGGCCGAGGGCGACCAGACCAUGAACAUGAUCCAGCUGGACAGCGAGGUGGUGACGGCCGAGGCCUUCGCCGCGCUCAUCGACAUGAUGUACACGUCCACGCUCAUGCUGGGGGAGAGCAACGUGAUGGACGUGCUGCUGGCCGCGUCCCACCUGCACCUCAACUCCGUGGUGAAGGCCUGCAAGCACUACCUGACGACGCGGACGCUGCCGCUGUCGCCGCCGAGCGAGCGCGCGCAGGAGCAGAGCGCGCGGCUGCAGCGCUCCUUCAUGCUGCAGCAGCUGGGGCUCAGCAUCGUCAGCUCGGCGCUGGGCUCCGCGCAGGGCGCCGAGGAGCCGCCCGGUGCCAUGG